UAAUGUUGCUAUUGCUGAUGGCAAAGUCGAAUUUAAUUUGUUUAAUAAAAAUUUUGAUAGAGUUACAAGAUUUAAUCGUGACGCUACGAAUACUUAUAAAAAGUGGGGAAGAAUGAUUCAUUUGGAUUCAUUUAUUUCAUGCUUUAGAGAGAGACCUAAUGAAUAUAGUCCUACUGGAACAUUAAGACCUUUCCAAAACAGUUCAUCUUACGCUCCUAAAUCAUUUAAUUCUCGAAAACAUUCUAUUGGCGAUAUAAAACUCUCGAUUCCAGGUGAAACUUUUUCGGGACAAGUGAAAUCUCAUAACUUGUUAUUUCUCGAUGGUCAUCGUACACCAACAGAACAGGCUCAAUUUGAUUUGACUAGUGGCAUUCAUUUUAGCCUUGACGACAUUUUAUUAGGUUCACCCAUUGAUGGUUUUGAUUUUAGUUCAAAAAAACAUUAUUCUUAUAGUCCAAAAAAACAUUAUUCUUAUAGUUCAAAAAAGCAUAAUUCUUAUAGUUCAAAAAAGCAUAAUUCUUAUAGUUCAAAAAAGCAUAAUUCUAUUUAUCAAUCCAAUACGCAUACAAAAGUUG